AUGGCGCCCCGCCUCGAGAAAACCAUCGGCUGUCUUCUGAAGCGAGCCAGGAACAUCUCUUCCCUCGAUGAUCGGCCCUUCCACCACGGCCCCGCGUUCGUUGUCCACCCGGACCCGACCAUUACCAUCGUCUCCUCAGACUGUGGUCCUUCUCCCGCCGAACUCCAUGCCGAGUACCUCCGCAACGAUCUCUUCAAAGAAUGCGGUCGCAUGCCCUGUUUGUCGUGGAACUGUCCUGCGUCUAUCAAGGACGAGGUCCGCGAGUGGCUGCUCAUUAUCGAGGACCUGGAUGCCCCGUGGUGCAGGCCCAUUGUUCACGGCUUAUACGCGGGUAUACCGGCCGCAAAGCUGAGCGUUGAACCAGAGGACUUUGUUGUCGUCGAUGAUGAAAAGUGCAGACUCGACGGCGGCUUUCAUUUUGGUCGCAACAGCAGAAAAAGAGUGUACACGGCGCCGAAACCCAUGCUGAACCAUGGACUGCAUCGAUAUUCAUUUCAAGUCGUGGCCCUCAGCAGACAGCUGGACGUGACACUUCUCGAGUCGAGGGCUACGAGGAAGGCAUACAGCAAAGCCAUUCAAGGGUUGGUGCUUGGUUGGGGCGUGUGGAUUGCGAGCUGCGAGAGGCGCUGGGAGUAG